AGAAAACGAAGAUACAUUUAUAUAUAUAUGCUCUGCGAGUUUCGACCAUUGGAUUGAAACUACUGCAUUUGUGGUUUUGCAUAAACCUACGUGUUCUUUUGUAAGCCAAACAAAACUUUUCAACAUUUCUUCGUCGAAACGAGUUGCAGAGCUAUAUGGUGUUUGAUUGGUUUUCACACUUUCAGUGGUCCCAAAAGAGGAGAGGAAAAAUAGAAAAGAAGCAAUUUUCUUCGGUUCGAUAUUCUCUUUAACCUCUUAACAUCUCUACUUUGGUCUUCAUCAAAUUCUCAAAUACUAUUGAAUGUCUCUUCAACGACCCAAUGGGAACUCGAGUUCUUCUUCUUCCCCCAAGAAGCACAAAACUGAGGAGAGUGAUGAGGAGUUGUUGAUGGUUCCAGACAUGGAAGCAGCUGGAUCGACAGGUGUUCAAAGUAGCAGCGCCGACGACGGAGCCAAUAAUCCGGAGAUUGACCAGACACAAAACGGAAUCUCAGACUCCAAACGCCGCCGUGGAAGAAACCCAGUCGAUAAAGAGUACAGAAGCCUCAAGAGAUUGUUGAGGAACAGAGUAUCGGCACAACAAGCGAGGGAGAGAAAGAAAGUGUAUGUGAGUGAUUUGGAAUCGAGAGCUAAUGAGUUGCAGAACAACAAUGAUCAGCUUGAAGAGAAGAUUUCUACUUUGACGAACGAGAACACAAUGCUUCGCAAAAUGCUUAUCAACACAAGGCCUAAAGCUGAUGACAAUCACUAAGAGAGAGAGAGGCUUUUGAUCAAUCCAUUGUUUACUGUUGUAUGAUUCUCUUUUUUUUGUGUGUGUUUGUGUGUUAUAGUAUUCAAUUUUUGUUCGAAUAAACGUUCAAUUUGAGCAGCACUGUACUCUCUCCAAUAUUUUGAAAUUUUUUUCUCCGUGGAUAAGAAGAAUGUGACUGAGAUUUGCAUAAUCAAGAGAGAC